GUAGGUGCAAGGACCGUGUCCGCAGGAAACGAGUGGAGUACGCACAUUGACCGCAGUUGUCAUUCAGGUGUUGGUUCAACCUAUGUGACCUGUUGACAUUGAUGGACAACGUGACGGUCGGGAGGUCCAACUCCAGUUGCUUGGUGGACAACAGCGCGGAUGUCCUGGUGCCGGUCAUCUACGCCGCCACCUUCCUCGUCAGCUUGCCCGGCAACUGCCUGUCCAUCUACAUGGCCGCAUUGCAAGUGAAGAGAGGCAACGAGAUCGGCGUCUACUUGAUCAACCUUUGCUUCGUCGACAUCAUCUACACCCUCACCUUGCCCUACUGGUUCUGCCAUCACUUCACUACCGCCAUCGGCAACGUGUCCGUGCACAACACGGUGGCGGUGUUGUCCUCCAGCACCAUGUACAUGAGCCCUGCCUUCCUGUGCUGCAUUGCGGCGGACCGCCACCUCGCCAUUGUCCAUCCUCUCCGGUUCCACCGGCUGAGGACCCUGCGGGCAGCCGCGGCAGUGAGCGCGAUGUGCUGGCUGCUCCAGCUGUCCCUCCACGCCCUCCUCCUCCACCAGCAGGGCCUCCUCUCCUCCGACUUCACCUCCAGGCCACUCUGGGUGGAUCUUCCCCUGGAGGCCACCACGGCCGAGGCAUACCUGAUACGUUUCCUCCUCAGCUUCUGCCUCCCCUUCUCCCUCUUCCUCUUCAGCUCCCAGAGGAUCUACAGGGCGGUGGCCAGGAGCAGCGGCGUGGAAGACGGAGAGAAGAGGAAGAUCGCCAAGUUGCUGCUCUUGCUCCUCCUGGUCUACGCCGUCAGCUUCGGGCCUUACCAGUUGACCUCCCUUGCCCGCAGCGUGGCCGAGCCGGGCAAUUGCCCCUUCGCCCAGCUCGCCAUCACCCCCUACAAUGUCUUCUUCGCCUGGACUGGAGUCAACUGCGCGGCCGACCCCAUCCUCUACUGCUGGCUCUCCGACGCGGCACGACAGGACAUUGUCCACUUGACCACCGCCCUCAAACACAAACUGCCGCGGCUCUGUGGGCGGCUGGAACACCACCGUGCCGACCAGACCCCUAAACACAUCUCAGACCUUCCCCUCUGAUUAGCAAUAUUACAAAAUGUUUAGAUUUAAAAAAUCAAGUCUGCAAUUUAUCCCAUCAGAUAAAGCAUAAAAAGUAGUUUAAUUUGACACCUAAUUCACUUUCAUAUCUUUAGUAUUAAAAAAGUUUCAUACUCUGAAAUUAGCAUCUUGCCCUAGAUUGCAAUGCAAAUUGCAAAUUGCUUUUCCAUUGACUUAACUCAAAAGCUGUGAUUGAGGACAGUCAAAAGCCCAUAACUUUCUUAAAAAUUAAGAAAACUGAAUGAAAUUUUCUUUCUUUCUUUUAAAAUCUUUUUAUUAGCUUUUUUCUUCCAGAAACAAAAACAAAACAAAAAGAAUAAUGAUAAACAUAACAAUGAUAUUGAUACAUAGGCAUUAGGAUUACAUUAAUAACAGGUAUAAC